UUAAAACCGUACACAACGGGACAUGCGCAGUCGGCACAUAAAUGAAAAGGCUAAUUAAUACUCUAUCAACUUGAAAAUCAAACAUUUGCUAUGUUUAUUCACCAAUAACGCUAGGUUAAACUACAAAUUACGUCUUUGUUUCGGGCAUUUGACAAAUAUUAGCUACCUCCGUGCGGCAGUAGGACUAUGUUUACCUCCCAAACCUCGUCGUUCCAGGAUUCAAUUGACGUAGAAGACAGAGAUGACUUCGAUAGCGAAGAAAUUACUGGCUACAGUCAGAAAAUACAGCUGAACUGCUAUUACACCAUCUAUCUUUAUCAAGGCACAAGAUCUGAGGCUUCUGGGGAAAAUGUGGCAUGGACCAAGAGACGUGCAGACUCCACAACAAGUCAGGAUGACUUUAGCUUAACACUGAUUGACAGCAGCCUGCCAUCAGAGGCAGAACCAGAGCUGCGGACUUACAUUUCAAGGAGGCUGAGCAAAGGAGCCCUGCUAGGAGGCAUGGGCAACAUUGCCACUGUGGAGCUCAGUAUUCCAGAGCAAGCCAUUGGCUGCUACUGCUGUCUGCUGGAGCAGGAAAGGUCUCCUGAACAGCCAGAUGCUGAUGGGAAUGGAUACGUCAUCUGCUUUAUGGGGGGGUCUGAAAAAGGACUAAACUUAUUUAGAUUAGAGCUUGAUAAAUAUGUCCAAGGCCUGCAUAGCAGCCUGCAAACCCCAGAGCUGCACAAUCUUGAGACGGAGGUUCGUCCCUAUCUAAGCCGGUGGUAUGAGGAGUCUGUAAUGCACAUUUAUCGAGUUGUGCAGUUGGUUCAGAACAACAUCAGCUUCUUGCUGCAUUCUGCUCUGAGUCACACACAUGUGGAGGUCAUCAAUUCAGAUGACAGAACAAAGGCUGACGUGUCCAGGUUCAUCAAAGCGGCCAGUCUGCAGGGCCUGUCCCAGCAGGACACCACAACAGCCUCUCUGUGCAAAGCCAUCUCAGAGGACACGCAGUCCGACCUGAUCAUAGACUGCUCCACCAGCCCGCCCACACUCAGCCACACUGUCAGCAACCGUUUCUGCGAUGACUGGAUUCAGGCAUUUCUAAACGCUGCAGAGCGUUGCAAUCCCUUCCUGCUCCGACAGAUUCUAGAAAACUUCAAGCUAAAGGCCAUCCAGGACAUGAACAGCCUGAAGCGCUUUGUGCGGCAGGCAGAGAUGAGUCACUACGCCCUGUUUCGCUGUUGCCAGUUUCUCCAGGGCUGCGGAAAUGGGGACGUGUUGCUGCAGAAUGCCAGAGCGGAGCACAGCGAUCUGCCUGAAGCCUGCAGCAUCAUCACUGUCCUGGAGGAGUUCCUCAGGGAGCAGGCUCAGGCUCAGGCCUGACUCCAUCACAACAUACCUUGUAUGUCUUUGGUGAAACAGUUUAAACAAACACUUCGUCCUGUAUAAAGCUUCAGAUUGCUGGAAAUGAUAAAGUCAGCUGUUAAGUUAAAUAUGUGUAAAAUCUAAAUUAUAAACCAUGUGUUAGCACUACGGUGGCUGCAGCUGAGAUAGAAUUGAGUUGGUUAGGUCUGGAAUAAAUGACUUACUGUAACACUCAGUUUAAGGUGACAACUAAUGUGACUGUUUUUGGCUUGUAAUAAUUUUCCUUUUCUGUAAUAUCACUACAUAUAGUUCCCUAUCUUUUUGUGUUGUGUGUUGGUGUAUAUAUAGAAACUAAGAGCCAAAUAUUAUUGUAAAUUGCUGACAAUUAUCAUAACACAGAAUUAAUCUGAAUGAGGGUUACUUUUUAUUUUAAUAGAUUUAUCUUCUACUUAUUUUAUCUCCAAACAGUCCCAUACUCUUGUUUUGUAUGUUAUUUAAUUAUUUUCUUUUGAGAAGGAUGCACAGAUCACUUUUUUUGCAUUACUUGCUUCCUUGCUUACAUUUCCAACCCAAAAUCUGCACUAGAAUAUCAAUUUUUGUGUACAGAUAUGAUACUGUGUGUUUGUCAAGCUAUAUUCAAAGUUUUAAUCAUGCUGUGUUGUUUGAACAUGAAUUUAAUUUCUCGUUUACAAUAACCUUAUAGCUCAAUAGUUCAUAUGAACCGAACAAGCUCUAUGUGACCUGUUGCUACUUUAAAUGUGUUAUGAACUGCAAAAACAAAAAGUUCUUAAAGAAGAAAUUAAAUCGUGGAGUAAAAGAAGCAGAAAUAAGCUCGGAGUAAAAACAAGUUUGCUUAUGUUUUAUUUUCUUUUUAUCAUUCCUUAAUGAACAUGAAAAAUUAUACAUUAAGCUCAGAUUAUUCCUAUUCAAUCCAAAGUUUGUAAUGGAGCAAUACCAGUGCAGAUGUUGUGUACUUAAAGUUGUGACAUGUAAAUGAGUUGUUUUGCUGUCUGCUGUGUGACUGAUCUACAGUGUAUGUACCUGUUUUUGUACAGUAUGGUCUCUGUAGCUAUAAAUGAUUUUAUGGUUCUCUGUCAAGAAGGAGCUUUAAUAAACAAUUGAGCCUC